UCUAGCAGCAACUGGGGUAGCAAGCAGAAGUGUGUCAGACUUUGGGGUGCAUGUGGACAUUUGCAUGCAUGCAUUUGCCUUCUAGAACUUCUUUCUAACCAAUAAUCUUUCUUAGAGAUAUUUUCUUUUUCUUUUCUUUUUUUUCUCUCCAUAAAACCUACACUCUACUGCCACAGGACAGUAGAAACGAAGACAAAUCUAAUCUUUUGGAGAAUGGUUUCUCCACAUUAACUGCACAGAACAGCUGCAAGGAUUACAAAUUGUCAAGGACCCUGUGGAACCUUCAUUUUCUCUCAUGGUCACAUUUGUAUUUUUCCUGUAGUCCUGAUUUUGCUUGACUCAAACAGUGCUUUACAACAUGUGCAGACUUUGGAGGAUAGCAGUUUUGCUCUGUUUCAAAUUGGUGGACACUGCGAAUGGAAAUAGAGCACUCGUGCCAGAAAGAGGGACAGCAGCUUCCUCCUGCUAUGGAGGUUUUGACCUCUACUUUGUACUAGACAAAUCAGGAAGUGUGCAGCAUCACUGGAAUGAAAUAUAUAACUUUGUGGAACAUCUGGCCCAUAAAUUCAUAAGCCCUCAGUUGCGGAUGUCCUUCAUUGUGUUCUCUGAUCAGGGCAAGAUUUUGAUGCGGCUUACAGAAGACAGGGAACAAAUACGGAAAGGUUUGGAGGAACUCAAAAAAGUGCUGCCAGGUGGAGACACUUUUAUGCAUGAAGGCAUUCAGCGGGCCAGUGAACAGAUUUACUAUGGUAACACUGAAGGAUACCGCACAGCCAGUGUGAUCAUUGCCCUCACUGAUGGAGAACUGCAUGAAGAUCUCUUCUAUUAUGCUGAGAGAGAGGCCAAUCGCUCUCGCAGCCUGGGUGCCUCUGUGUACUGCGUAGGAGUGAAGGAUUUCAAUGAGACUCAGCUGGCCAAGAUCGCUGACAGCAAAGAUCAUGUCUUUCCAGUAAAUGAUGGCUUUGAAGCUCUACAGGGUGUCAUUGGUUCUAUCUUGAAGAAAUCCUGCAUAGAGAUCCUUGCUGCGGAACCUUCCAGUAUCUGUGCUGGAGAGGCAUUCCAAGUCGUAGUGAGAGGAAAUGGAUUCCUACAUGCCAGGAAUGUGGACAAGGUUCUUUGCAGCUUCAGAAUAAAUGACACUCUUACCAGAAUGGUGAAGCCAUUGGUAGUGGAGGACACGUAUCUGCUCUGUCCAGCUCCUGUUCUUCGAGAGGAGGGAACGGCAGCCUCCCUUUACGUUAGCAUGAAUGAAGGCCUGAGUUUUAUCUCUAGUUCUGUUACUAUCACCACUGUAAGCUGUUCUGAUGGCACGAUCCUGGCCAUAGCACUUCUGAUAGUGAUGCUACUGCUGAUUCUGGCUCUCCUCUGGUGGUUUUGGCCUCUCUGCUGCACUGUGAUUAUCCAUGAACCUCCACCACCAGUAGUGGAUGAUAGUUCGGAUGAUGAAGAGGAUGGAACUCCAAAGAAAAAGUGGCCCACAGUCGAUGCGUCCUACUAUGGAGGAAGAGGAGUUGGAGGCAUAAAAAGAAUGGAGGUUCGCUGGGGUGAGAGAGGUUCUACCGAGGAGGGUGCUAAACUGGAGAAGGUGAAGAACGCAAGGGUAAAGAUGCCUGAGCAAGAGUUUGAAGCUCCUCCUGCUCGCAUCCUAAAUAAUGGCAUGCGGAAACCUCCAGGCCCUCAUAAAUGGUACUCGCCCAUUAAGGGAAAACUGGAUGCAUUGUGGGUACUACUGAAGAAAGGGUAUGACAGAGUGUCCAUCAUGCGACCACAACCUGGAGACAAGGGUCGCUGCAUGAACUUUACUCGCAUUAAGUCUAGUCCUCCUCCAUGCUAUCCAUCGUACAACCACCAUUCUUCACCCAUCUACACCCCUCCAUGCACCCUCACCCCGCCCCCUCCUCAGGGCCAGCUACCCCCUCCUCCACACACUCCACCCACCUCCCUGUCCUCAGGCUUUCCCACGGCACCUUCUACCCCUGCACCUCACGUCAUGAACCCUUCUCCACCCAUUACUCCUCCUCCAUCCUAUUCUCCACCCCCUAUGUGGUCUUCAUCUCCUAACACUCUCUACUUUUCUCCGCCCACAUUUCUUCCAACAUCCCCUCCUGACUCACUGCCCCCGCCCCCUCAAGCCCCACCUCCAGGAAGAGUACCUCCUCCAGAUCGCCCACCUCCUCGGCCUUGUGUGUAAUGCGGCACAUCUGAGUGGACUACUGAGAACUGGAAGUAAAAAGGAAAUACAUAUGUUUCAUAUCCUCCUCAAAAUUCCAUUGCUGUGUGGCCUAAUGCAAUAAAACUCAAUACAAAGACUCACCUGUGGCAUCAAGGGCAUUUGCUCCUCUUAUAGAACAAUGAAAUGGAACACAAGCCACCAUGAAACUCUGCAGGAAGCAACGCUCAGAAUCACACACCAGGAAUCGCAAAGAAACUGAUAAUUCACCCACAGAGCUUCUCAGAAGGCACCAUUUAUGAGUUUAACCAAGCUUUGAGAAUGGAAGUGGCUGGUUCCAUUAAUGGAUUCAUGGAGGUUUCACAUGCAUGCACAUGGGACAAUCUCAUGAAGGAGAUAUCCAUAAAAGAGGAACGAUGAUAACUUUUUGGGAGCUUUCUCAUUCAGAGCGACGUUCAGAGCGAAAAUAUAUGCACGUUUUUGAUAAGCGUCACCAUAUACAGGUAAUCUUCAUUGAGUGGCAAAAACUAAACAUUGGGUCUCAUUUACUAAAUAUUGCAUGGGUUUAUAAACACUUAUACACACAAAAAAAUAAAAUUCUGCCACAUUUAAAACUAUGCACAUUAAUUGGUUUUUAACUUUCUAAUGCUGAAAGACUGCAUACCCUUUGAUUACUAAUUUGCAUAAACACACCCAUCUCUAUAUAAGGAUUUGAUGUAGAAUAGAGCACAACAGUUGGGUUCUGGAAGAAAAAUGGCAUUCAUUACCUAUGUUUCCUUCCACCUACUUUUAUGUGCAUUAUCAAAAAAAAAUGUUGAAUGGAAAUGUCCAGAUACGUCAAAAUUCUAAAAUUGCACAUAAAAAAACCUAUGAGCUCAAUUAAUUAGUUUUUUUUUUCCAAUAAGAAAACAUGCAAAUAAAUUAUAAUUGAAACAUGUAUUCAAAAUUAAUUCCUUAAUGCACAUCAAAAAUGACAUGCGAUGAAAAUAACUGGAUUGAAACUUGCUUUAUUCAUGAAAGUUUUA